AGUGCAGAUUUAGUAGACUUUCAUAUGUCUGUGGUUUUCAAAAGCCUGGAAUCCGAAAAAAAUUACCUUCGAAUUCAGGAUGAUACAUUGAAAGGGAAAGUGUCCUCUGUUGAUAAUUCCACGAAGGAGAAUCUGGAAAAUCUUGCAAAGAUUGGAGAAGAGUUGCUGAAGAAACCGGUGUCAAAGGUGAAUUUAGAGACGGGUAAUUUUGAACCGUCAAAACAUGAGACCAAUGAACAGGCUCUUACAAGGUUUGCAAAGCUGCUCUCUCAAGAGAAGCACCUUCGUGAGCAAGCCUCAUCAUCUUAGAACCCCGUGGCAAAUAUUUGUGAUGCAGUUUGAGAUUUUCAGUGUUUUUUUCUUUUCCUUUGUUGAAGCAAUAAAGUCUGCUUGAGACUUGUAGGUUGUAUCCAGAUAGAAAAUUGUCCAAAUUUGAAGUCAUCCCUCUAAAAGUAUUAAUCAUUUUGUAUGCCAGGGGAACUUUCAUAGGGUAAAGGUUUUGGAUUCUGUAUGUUAUAUAUAAUUAGUAACUUUCCUGGGUGGUUGAAACUUCGUUUUCUCAUAUUUGACUAGAAUAAAAGUAAUU